AAACCUUUCGAAUAAAGUUUAUAUACUUUACGAGUAAUUUUAUCACCGAAUCUAGUGAAAUGAUAAAAAAAUAAUUUGUGCAUAAUGUUGCAAAUAUUUUAUAGGUUGCAUAACUACCCCGUGUUUUACAAGGAGUCCACAGUCAAUAUGCGAUCAUGUUAGAAUACUGUACCCCAAGAUGUGUCGAUUAAAGUUAGGUUAGGAGUUCCGAAUGUGUCAUCCUGAGAUAUGAAUAAGACCGUAAUUACCAAAGGAGUCGAAUGAUAUUUAAUCCCUACAUUGGUCAUGUAAUAUAUGCAAAAUGUCAGUAAUGAUAAAGGAUGUCGAAUUACCAACUACUAUUCCACAAUUGCUCUUAGAGAAACAUGCAGAAUACCUGAUUUCAUAUGGUACAAACAAAGAUGAUUAUACUUAUUGUAUGACAGAACACUUAAGAAUGUCUGGAAUGUAUUGGGGCCUAACUGCAUUAGAUCUUAUGGGGCAAUUGGAAUGUACCGAUAGAAGUGAAAUUUUAGAAUUUAUUGGCAAAUGUCAAAAUGACUGUGGUGGUAUCGGUGGUAGCAUAAAUCAUGAUCCUCAUUUACUUUAUACACUUAGUGCAGUUCAAAUACUACGUAUGUACGAUGCCUUGGAUGUAAUCGAUGUAGAUAAAGUUGUAAAAUAUGUCAAAGAAAGGCAAUUAGAAGAUGGAAGUUUUACUGGGGACGUUUGGGGAGAAGUCGAUACUAGAUUUUCAUUUUGUGCAAUAGCAACAUUAUCGUUACUGGGCCGCUUAGACGCAAUUGACGUAGACAAAGCUGUUGAGUUUGUUACCAGUUGUAUGAAUUUUGAUGGGGGAUUUGGUUCAAAACCUGGGUCAGAAAGUCACGCUGGUCUCAUAUACUGCUGUGUUGGACUGUUGUCCAUUACAGGGCACUUGCAUUUGAUAGAUGCCGAUCGCUUAGGUUGGUGGCUGUGUGAAAGGCAAUUACCUUCGGGUGGAUUAAAUGGUCGCCCUGAGAAAUUACCAGACGUAUGUUAUUCAUGGUGGGUGCUUUCUUCGCUUACAAUUUUGGGACGACUCCAUUGGAUAGACAAAAAGCGAUUACUGGAUUUUAUCUUGACGUGUCAAGACACCGAAGGAGGAGGUUUCAGCGACCGUCCUGGAGAUAUGGUCGAUCCUUUUCACACUUUAUUCGGCUUAACCGCUGUUUCGCUCCUCGAAGCCGACUCUUCCCUUAAACCACUUAAUCCAACAUAUUGUAUGCCGGAAUACGUUAUUGACCGCUUAGGCUUAAAACCAUCUCGAUUGGAUAGAUAAUUAAAUUUACGCCAUAUGCCAUGUCAAGAAUUAAUGGCAUCGUAGCUUUAUUUAAAGAAAUAACUUAUAGGAAGUUUAUGAAUAUCUACACGCUUUGUUAUCUAAAUAACAUAGUCUGCAUAUCCACAGAACGUUCAAUAAAACACAAGGUACGCUAUGCAAA